AUGGCUGCUAAUUUCGAGGAAGUUGCGAAGCAAUUUGUACAGUUCUACUACGAGACCUUUGACUCCGACCGCACUCAGCUGGGCAACCUAUACCGCGAGCAGUCCAUGUUGACAUUCGAGUCAUCCUCCGUUCUCGGUGCUGGCAACAUCGUUGAAAAGCUUGUCAGUCUUCCUUUCCAGAAGGUCAAGCACGAGAUCGCCACCCUAGAUGCCCAGCCCGGCAUAGGCGACGGCAGCGUCAUCAUCCUGGUCACUGGUGCCCUCAAGGUCGACGAGGAGGAGCGCCCCAUGAACUACACUCAGACCUUUCAGCUUGCAGCCACUCCGGACAAGCAAUACUUUGUCUACAACGACAUCUUCAAGCUGAUCUACUAA